AUGAAACGUGUAGUUAGUGAUACGAACGUCUUUGAAGUGGUGAAGUCAACCUUGGCGACAAGCCGCGACCCGGACAUCAGCCUCGGAAGUUUGAAGAUGCGGAAUUGCGAGUUCCACUUGAUGAAGACUCAACGCGAACGCGACAGGAGCUUGCAGCUCAUUGCAAUUACUCUUGCCGAAUCUACUAACCUUGGCGAAGAUCCAAGGAUUUCCAAUUUGACAGAGGUGAUGGCCCAGGAGCAUCCAGACCGUAAAGAAGAAAACGUCAAAGGUACCCAAUCAAGGAAAGCAGACAAGAGAGCCAUGUUUGACUUGAUAGGGAUGAAUUUUGCAAAACUAUCAUCCCACGUCCCACUGUUCAAGACGAAAGACUUACAAAAGUCAAGGCAAAUGUCACCCGAAACAGUAAGCCUCACCACGUUGGCUAAGCAGCAGUCACUGAACUUGACGGAUCUGGAACCGAUUAUUCUUCGAGGCCAAGAAAACGCUAUUGACGGAAUUACGAAAAUUGAAUCAAGCACCCCACAAGUUCCAGCCAAUCACAGAAAUCCUUGUGAGAAAUCGACAGAACUGAUAAGUGGGGAUGCCACUGGAGAGCAGCCAAUUGAUCUAACUUGCCAAGGAACCAAGGAUACAACACAAACUGCUGGCUGUACGAAGACUUUGCCCACAGAUGGCGAUACUUCCCAUGGAUUGCAUCAAAAGGCACCCAGGGAACCAAGACAUGCAAGAAAGGAGCACCAAAUGACACGUGGGGUGAAACAAGAGGCCAAUGCGGACCUAAUCCGUGCUCUGAGAAUCCAACCGUUAUUUACGUCGAUCGAUUUUGACGGAACUGGGCUAAUCUUGGGCCAGAAUGUUGUCCAAAUUCUCCAGAGAUACCGUGUGAAGCGACCCGAGAGAAUUUUGGAGAACCUCGGCUUUCGGACGGAGAGCACAGUGUCUAGGCAAAUUCUCACGGACGCCAUACUGACGGCGUUUCGAAUGGAAAAAUCUGCUUCUACAUUCGCCUACCUCUUGGCCACUGUUUGCAUUGACGAACUCAAGACACUCACGAAAAUGGAAGAAGCUUGGGUGGAGUCGCCGAAUGGCAACAAAGGACCUUCCAAUUUCCUGGAAUGCCACCCACAACUGCAAACGAACAUUGAAAAAAGGGAAGAAAAGACUGUGCAGGACAAGCAGGAGAGUGAUACUGCGGAAAUCGGGCAACGAAGGCUGAUGGAGGAGGUCGCUGGAUUCAAGGCGCUACAGGCGAAAGUGGACGAGCUGAUGGAGGCGAAGCGCACGCUCGAGGCGGAAAUAGAGGAAAUGCGGUUGAGCCGCCAGUUAGGUAGCGAAUUCGCUGUCAAGGUUGAGCAGCUGUCAGUCACCAACAAUCGGCUGAACUUCGAACGCUUUCGGGAGGCUGAGUUGCGCUCUGCGACCCUCGAAACGACUUCGGAAAUCAAACUGGUGAACGAAUCACGGGUAGCAGCGGAGCAGGAAGCCAAUUUAGUAUUGCAGGAGACCAAUGAACGACUGCGAGAGGAGAUUCGCCAACUAACACAGACCUCUGCAGAUCUCAGGAAACGUCUGGACGAAACCGGGGAGAGCGUGCAAGGCCAAGCGAAGACUCUGUCAGACGCGAUGGACAAAAACAUCGAGUUACGCGUGGAGUUGGAGAGGACACACGAUGCCCUGGAAAAUGAGAUGCGAUUCUCCGAUGUCCAGAAGAGAGAGAAUGAGUAUUUAAAUGCCAUGUUGGAAAGGUUGACGAAGGAGUUGAGUGAAAUGCGGAACCUCUACAGGGAAUCCGAAGGCACUAGAUGCGCCAACAGAGUUGAAAUAACCGCGCUUCAGGAACACAAAGCUCUGCAGGAUGCGCGUAUUCAGCAACAAGCUGGCGAAAAUAAGCGGUUGACAACCGAGAUAGCGGAUCUGCUAAGCGAAAUGGAGGACCUCAGACAGCGGCUGUAUCGUCGUGAAUUUGAAUUGGAAAAUGUCACUGAGGAAAGGGACAGGCUAAAAGAAACAGUAAAACCGUUUUGA